AUGCAAAUAGACACAUAUUUCCAGCUAGCAUUUGCAAUAGUAGACUACGAGAAUGACACUUCAUGGAACUGGUUCUUCAGCAAACUAAAAGAAUCAUACAAUGAGAGAGAAGGGCAGUGCAUUAUUUCAGAUAGACAUGAAAGUAUUGCGAAAGCAGCAAAUACAAACUUCCCAAACCUCAUGCAUGGAGUUUGUUGCUACCACUUGCUAAAGAAUAUCAAGACCAAGUUCAAAAAAGGGGGAGAUGAACUCAGAAAUGCAUUCAAUGGUGCUUCCAAAGCUUACAAUGCUGCUGAAUAUGAAAAAAAUAUGAGAGAUCUAGACAAUAUUCAUAGCGGCAUAAGAGACUAUGCAGUAAACGAAGUUGGAAACAGUAAGUGGACAAGGUUAUACAGCCAAAACAGGCGAUACAAAACAAUGACAUCGAACAUCGCAGAAUCUGUGAAUGCAGCACUCAAAGAAGUAAGAGAGUUACCAAUAGCAACUUUACUAGAAUGUCUUCACUCUUUGGUCCAAAAAUGGUAUUGGGACAACAAAAAUAGAGCAUUGUCUACAUUCACAUACUUGGCACAAAAACCAGAGAAAAGUCUACGAAAAGAGCGAGAUAUGAGCUUAAAGUACAAGUCUAUUGCUGCAUAA